GUAACCACCCGAAUAUAAGGGAUCUAGCCACACCACACUCAUAUUCCAUUUCCCUGCUCGCCGGAAUAUCAAGCCCUAAUAUGGCCGGCGGCGACGAGUCACCGGAGAAGAAGCCUCGCAGUAGUCUCGAGAUUGAGGAAUAUGACGAAGAAAACUACCACCCAAUCGAGCAGGUGAGGCUGACGGUGCCGCCGACGGACGACCCGACGAUGCCGGCGUUGACUUUCAGGACGUGGACGCUAGGGCUGACGUCAUGCGUGAUGCUGGCGUUCGUGAACCAGUUCUUCGGGUACCGUCAGAACAGCCUGUACAUAUCCUCCGUCACGGCGCAGAUCGUUACGCUGCCGUUGGGUAAAUUCAUGGCUAGGGUUCUGCCGGAGAAGAAGUUCGCGGUGGCGGGCUGGUCGUUCUCGUUCAACCCGGGCCCGUUUAACCUCAAGGAGCACGUGCUUAUAACCAUAUUCGCCAGCUGUGGAUCCUCCGGAGUUUACGCCGUCAGUAUCGUCACCAUUGUUAAGGCAUUCUACCACCGCCAGCUCCACCCCGUCGCCGCCUGGCUGUUGGCUCAAACUACUCAGAUGCUUGGAUAUGGGUGGGCGGGAAUAUUUAGGAAAAUACUGGUGGACUCCCCAUACAUGUGGUGGCCGGACAACAUGGUUGCAGUUUCUUUAUUCAGAGCGUUGCACGAAGAGGAGGCGAGGCCAAAAGGAGGCCUAUCAAGGCUCCAAUUCUUCCUUAUCGUCUUCGUAACAAGCUUCGCGUACUACAUAAUCCCGGCCUACUUCUUCCCAUCAAUCUCCGCCGUUUCCGUACUCUGCCUAAUCUGGAAAGAUUCCAUAUUCCCUCAACAACUCGGGUCGGGUCUCCACGGUAUGGGCAUAGGGUCGUUCGCGUUCGAUUGGGCCACCGUCAGCUUCAUAGGAAAUCCCAUUUCUACCCCUGCAUUCGCCAUCAUCAACAUCCUCAUCGGCUUCGUCCUCGUCAUGUACAUCAUGACACCUUUGACCUACUUCAACAACGUCUAUGGGGCCCGCAAGUUCCCGAUAUUUUCUUCGCACACGUUCGAUUAUGCGGGCCAGCCCUACAAUAUUUCGAGGGUUUUGAACGAGGAGACUUUUAACCUUGACUUGGUCGGGUACGCGAGCUAUAGCAAGUUGUACCUUAGCGUUUUCUUCGCCUUCACUUAUGGAUUAGGGUUUGCUUCGUUGUCUGCCACUAUUACCCACGUGGCACUUCACCAUGGAAAAACAAUUUGGACGUUAUGGACAAAAGCAAAGAGCAACCUAAAAGGCAAAAUGGACGUCCACACGAGACUAAUGAAGACGAACUACGAAGCCGUACCCGAUUGGUGGUUCUACAGCAUUCUCGUCGUCGUUUUCGGUCUCUCUCUAUGGGCAUGCGAGGGUUUCAACAAACAGCUCCAGCUCCCGUGGUGGGGCCUCAUGUUAGCCUGCGCUAUGGCUCUCUUCUUCACUCUACCCGUCGGCAUUAUCCAAGCCACCACAAACCAGCAAAUUGGGCUGAAUAUUAUAACGGAGAUGGUGAUCGGGUACAUUUACCCGGGGAGGCCGCUCGCGAACGUGGCGUUUAAGACGUAUGGGUAUAUUAGUAUGUCUCAAGCACUUGGCUUCCUUAGUGACUUCAAGAUUGGUCAUUACAUGAAAAUCCCUCCUAAAUCCAUGUUCAUUGCUCAGUUAGUCGGAACGGUGGUUGCUUCUUCGGUCUACUUCAGCACGGCGUGGUGGCUGCUGACUUCCGUCGAGUACAUCUGCGAUCCGGCGAACUUGCCGGACGGCAGCCCGUGGACGUGCCCCGGCGACGACGUGUUCUACAACGCCUCCAUCAUCUGGGGGGUGAUCGGGCCGCUGCGCAUGUUCACCGGCCAGGGCGUCUACGGGGCGAUGAACUGGUGGUUCCUCGCCGGAGCCAUCGCGCCGGUGCCGGCGUACCUCCUCGGCAAAAAGUACCCGGAGAAGAAGUGGGUGCAGCUGAUCAACGUGCCGCUGAUCCUGUCGGCGACGAUGAGCAUGCCGCCGGCGAGGGCAGUGAACUACAUCAUGUGGGGGGUGGCGGGGCUGUUCUUCAACGUGUAUAUCUACAGGCUGCACAAGCGGUGGUGGGCCCGCCACGCUUACGUCAUGGCGGCGGCGCUGAAUGCCGGGCUGGCCUUCUUGGGGGUGCUGCUCUACUUCACGCUGCAGUCGUAUGACGUGGCGGGUCCUGAUUGGUGGGGACUUGACGCUGACGACCAUUGCCCUCUUGCCACGUGUCCGACGGUGCCUGGGGUUUUUGUUAAAGGUUGCCCUGCUCUUUGACCGUUGACCAAUUAUGCGUUGACCAGUGUUGAAUUUUUUUUUUUUUUUUUUAAGAUAAUGUUUCUGUUUUUAAUUAAUUAUUGCCAUUGUAAAUAGAUGCAAGAUUAAUUAGCUUAAUUGCUAGGGUUUGUGAUUUUAAUUAAUGAUUUGUGUUUGUCUCUCUAAUCCUAUGGUUAGGGAUGGCUGCUUUGCAUUAUAGACUUUGGAAUUAAUCUUUAAGUUAUUUUGUAAAUAUGGUUUGGUUAAUUAAUUGAUCAGCAUUUCUUUUAAUUG